AUGGUAAGGAAGGUGGCAAAUGGUAAUCUUUUCCGCUUCGUCAAUGUCUUCUAUGUCCUCGUCGGCAAUAUCAUCUUCCUUGAGGAAGUCAGAGAAUGUGAUGAUAUCAUCUUCUUGGUGAUCAAUUCUUCUUUGCACAAUCAGAAAAGCAAGCCACAGAGGCAAAUGGAUUUUCCCAGCAUGAUCGAAGUUGAAGAAGACUUUUGGUUCAACCGAAAUUCACCUUUCCUCAAUGACUCAGCAGCGAGAGUGCGGGUCUCGACACCCUCCUGGUCAAUGUACAAGCUAUUGGGUGCUGCAUAUUUGAAUCUCCCGGAUCUCAAUGAUGGCGGGUUCUUACUGUGGAUGUCCACCCACCAUUCGCAAUGCUUAAAAACACUCCGGUCUCAUACUGGGGAAGGAUCCUCCACUAAACAAUGGAAGAUCUAUGUACCCCCGUCGUUGUCAGAACUGUACCGACCAAGAACAAAUAACACUGUGGCAACCCUCUCAACAUCAUCAUCUUCAUUACCACCACUAACAUCUGAGUCAUCUUCUUUGUCCAACAAAUUGUGGUAUCCGCACACCAUUCUACAAUCACCUCAAGAAGUGCCAUACACACCAUACAUCAAUAAUCACAGCAAAAUGUCCAGGUGUUCCCAACCUCAGGCUUUCAGAGUGCCUGAGGUAGUAUUAGAGCAGGGUGAUGGGCCAUCAUUCACGCAGGACUAUGCAUGUGAUGAAGAGCAGUUAUAUUUUGCAUCACAUUCAGGCUCAAGCUCACUGGCAGACUGGAGGGGGGGCAACUUCUGUACUACUAGCAAUAUCCCAUAUCUAGUGAUGGAAAAGACCCGAGAAUGGUAA